AUGGCAUCAUUCAGCCAUGAACCAGGCUUAGAGCAGCAAAAUCUCUCCAAUGCACUGUCAAUGUAUCUGGCCACUCCUUCGGACGUUCAGAAACUUUUAGAGCGGAUCUAUGGAAGAAAGUUUGACUUGAAAGAUAUCAAAGCAGAUUUUCUGUUUGAGACUCUGACACCUGCUCUCAGAGACUGGAACCCCGAGCUCAGAGAGGAAAGACGAGGAAUCCUUAGGUCGGCGAAGACGCGUGAUAACCCCGAUGAGUCAUCCGAAAGCAAGGCUUUAGAGUGGCGGUUCAGCAAGCCUGCUGAGGAUGAUUGCGAACAAGUUUCUGGAAGUAUAGAGACGUUUGCUGCUCGGUUGACGGGUGAGGUGGACGCUCUUGUUAAACCACUAACGAGAGAUAACUACAUCAAGGAUUUCAUAGACGGGCUUUGGCAACGACUCACGGCUGAGAGGGUGAUUUGGAAUAUGGAUGUGACUGGGAUGAUCAAACGCGAACUGCCGACAUUGUUCAGGGACUUUGCCUUGAGACUUGGCUGGGAAAACUGCCAGAAAAAUUCCAAUGAUGACCGUUCUAUGAUUUUCAUACUGGAGCAGAACAUGUCCGUACAUCUCUUCCUAACCAUUGAUAGAGGUAAAUUGACAGAAUGUUUUGGUGAGAUAUCUGAUAGCCCACAGUCUUUGGAUUGGAAGAAACACGGAAAGCGCUUUCGCAAAGACGUUCAGUACGAAUCGGGAACUGAAAGCGAAAGAAGCUUCUCGAAACAAUUCAGCGACAGAAUUGCAGGAACAGCAUCAUACAAGUGGCUGAUCAGCAAGAUCGUGAGAGCGACUGCACUUAAUACGCUAGAAGAGAGCGUCUCCGUAGCCCUUGAGGGAGCGUUGGGAGCGUUUGUACCGGCCCUUACGUUGGUUGACAUUGAUAUCGGACAGCAGACCAUCGUACCCAAAGCGCAUAUCGUUAAUUACGUUGUGCAGUGGAAUCCAUUAGAUUCGAGCAUCAAAGGUGAUGAGUCUCAAUGCUGGCACGGUCUAUUUGAGAACCCUUUAAUAGCAUCAGGAUUCCUAGUUACCCGUCGAUCAAAUCCAAUAAAUGGGCUGGAGAUCCCUUUAGAUGUCAUGGCGAACCUUAUCCAGGUGUCUCUUAUCACCUGGCAUAACGGUCUACCAUUUCUUAAGGGGUUUGCUGCAAUGGCGUUUCCGACGCGAGUAGAAGAAGGGAUCCUUGUGUGGCACCUUAUCAGCAGCCAGGGAGAAAGAAUUUCGUACAAUGAUCCUCGGAUUCAUUCCAAAUUACUGUCGCAAUCUGAACAGCUGACUAGUGAUAAACUUGAGAGCAUGCGACAUAUCCUAGGCUGGUGCCCGGAGAUUAAGAACUUGACAGGUAUUCCUCCACCUCACCGUCUGGAAAUGGUGCUGACUAUCGAGAAAACAGGAAGUCCCCACGCCUCGUAUUCGAUUACCCCAUGUAAUUUGGAAAGAGCCCAUGCCGGUUGUGUUCUUGAAAAGGUCACCAUUGGCGCCAGUAAAUAUAUCACUGGUAGCGUAACAGUUGCUAUUGGGAAAAAGGACAAAGCAAUCCGUAUACCGGCACGCGAUGAUUAUAUGAGGAAGCUCAUGUGGAUCUCCAAGAAGUUUGUCGUACUUUUUGACGUCAAAAACAAAACAGCUUGGCUGGUCGAUGGUGCUAGCGCUUUACUUCAUCUGGUCAGGUCUUCUAUCAGUCAUUUACGAGAUGACAGAGAUUUCGGCGAGCACUGCCUAUUCCGUUGGAGUGAUAUGAAAGAAUCAUUCGAGCCCUGUUCGGGAUCCAAAGCUGCAAAGUUCGUCCUUCUUGAUGAACACAACAUGCAACAAAAGCUUUUCAAAAGGCCCGUCGAAAAAUGGGAGGAGCAGUCGAUUAAAUCUUCAGGCGAAAUCACUUCCGUCACGAGGACCAAGACGACUUCUGUCCGCUUCAGCGACAAAGUCGAACAUAUAUAUCAGGUCCUAGAAGAGAUCGUUGCGGCGCAAGACGCGGUAGCCAGCGAAGAUGGGUAUGCCAUUCAAUUCAGAGGCAGCCCCCGCCGCCGUCUUGAGGGAUUUGAUUUCGCUCACAUCGCGGAGGAUCAAGAUCCACUGUACCCGCAUGUGCACAUGUUACAAGACCUGGGUACAGGCUGGGUAGAUUUUGUCAGGUCGCUCCAAGUAAUUACCCUGUUUGGGAACGACUUUGGCGACCUCAUACUGCCUGUUAAUGCUGGAAGUCUUUGCACUCCUUGGACCAAGGUGCCUAGUGGUAAAGACUUGCUGUCUGUGAGUAUCUCGACAGCGGGGGAGAAGAUCCAGCGCAAUAGGAAUGGAGUCGACAUCCCUUGGCGAAUUGCUAAUGAUUUUGACUGGUAUGCGCCUAGAGGUAAAAUUUUUGAGCCGUGCCAGUGCCACAGACACUGGAGCAAGAAGGGUUCCAAGCCAUGCGAUAGAGUCCAAUUGUUGGUUCCUGCUGGCUCAACAGCUUUUCGGAGCCGCCAAUUGACUUCUCCCAACUCCUUCGCAAGAGAAGGAGCCGUAAUAUUCGGCCACUGCGUUUCAUUCCCAAUCUUGUGGGGAGAUUUUGGCCCUCCUUCACCAAAUGCUGUCCCAAAAUCCCAGCAAAAGGCGCUUGGUAGUGUACGUAGUCCUGCCAAUGACUUGACAGCAAAUAUAGUUGGCACAUCGCUUGGCAGGCGCUCUCUUGAACCAAGUGAGGGAUUUCCAGGAUUGCACAACGCACACGAGAGCACUAGACUACCAGAGGAGCAUUAUGCUGUUCCUGCCUCAGGGCGAUUCACCUUACAGUCUUUCAAGCAAAUCGUUCGAAGAGGUCUUCCGGUGAGCCCUAACAGGCAGAACUAUUCUUUCUUUACUCGUGCAUCAGUUACAGGAGAGCCUUCAGAUACGCCCUUUGGACCCACAGGACCAUUUAAGAAUUAG